UUCAGUGCGACACAAAUAUAGUACAGAAAGCAAAGAAGCUCCAAAGUAUCUGAAGAGAAGUUUCUUGAACCCUGUAAGUCUGCAGUCUUCUUAGUCCAUUUUUGUCCUCCUUCCCCCCCUCUCACCCAGGAGGCCCUGAUCAUGGCCAGCAUGGAGCACCCCCACCUGGUGCGUCUCCUCGGUGUCUGCCUGAGCCCCACCAUCCAGCUGGUCACCCAGCUCAUGCCCCACGGCUGCCUCCUCGACUAUGUGCACGAGCACAAGGACAACAUUGGAUCGCAGCUGCUGCUCAACUGGUGUGUCCAAAUUGCAAAGGGAAUGAUGUACCUGGAGGAGAGGAGGCUGGUCCACAGGGACCUGGCAGCUCGGAACGUGCUGGUAAAGUCUCCCAAUCACAUCAAGAUCACUGACUUCGGCCUGGCCCGACUGCUGGACGGCGACGAGAAAGAAUACAACGCAGACGGGGGAAAGGUCGGUAUGCCCAUUAAGUGGAUGGCUCUGGAGUGCAUCCACUACAGGAAGUUCACCCAUCAGAGUGACGUGUGGAGCUACGGAGUGACCAUCUGGGAGCUGAUGACAUUCGGAGGCAAGCCUUACGAUGGGAUCCCCACGCGAGAAAUCCCAGACAUCCUGGAAAAAGGCGAGCGCCUGCCCCAGCCGCCAAUUUGCACCAUAGACGUCUACAUGGUCAUGGUCAAAUGCUGGAUGAUUGAUGCAGACAGCAGGCCGAAGUUCAAAGAGCUGGCCGCCGAGUUCUGCAGAAUGGCCCGUGACCCACAGCGAUAUCUGGUGAUUCAGGGAGACGACCGUAUGAAGCUUCCCAGUCCCAAUGACAGCAAGUUCUUCCAGAGCCUGCUGGACGAAGAGGACCUUGAUGACUUGAUGGAUGCCGAGGAGUAUCUGGUGCCUCGAGGUUUCAACAUGGCCACUCAGUCGUGCACGACCAGGCCUCGUGUUGACCCCAACAGGAAUCAAUUUGGCUAUCGAGAUGGUGGUCCAAAUGCUGCAGAAGGACCCUUGGCAGGCGCACAAGCUUGUGUGAACCAGGAUGCCACAGGUGGCCCGAGCCCAGUCCUGGAGGACCAGCGUUGUAAUGGAAGCCUGCAUAAGAAGAGCCUGAGCCAGGCUGGAGGGGAAGACAGUGGGGGCCAGAGGUACAGUGCUGACCCAACCAUCUUUCUGGGGGAGAGAGCAUUGAGAGUGGACACUGAUGAGGACGGAUACAUGACGGCAAUGAAGGACAAGAGCUCCUCAGAAUAUCUGAAUCCCAUCGAGGAGAACCCGUUUGUCACGCGACGUAAAAACGGCGAGAUCCACGCCCUGGAUAACCCAGGCUACCACAGCACACCCAACAGUCAGCCCAAAGGAGAGGACGAGUACAUCAAUGAGCCCCUCUACCUUAACACCUUCCAUACCCCCGCUGAGUUGGGCCUGGAAGCCCUGAGGAGAAAUGGUCUGCCCCUACCCACCCAGCCUCCUUCUUCUAUCUCAGCCACAACCUCAGGCUCCCAUCUCCCGCUUACCAUCCAGACUAGCCUGCCCCACUACCCCCUCCCCACAGCCCAACCAUCUCCAUCUGGUAUCCCUUGCCACCAUGGUCCACCGACUCACAUCCUCCAUGCCCACCACCCCGUCAAACCUGCAGGGCAACCUGGCAAUCCAGGUGGCGGCUCUGUUGCUCAGAGCCAAGCAGGAACUACUGCUCAGGCUCAGGUGAGCCAGUCGGGUGCCCUGUCCACUUCAGCCACCAUCGGGCAUGGCAGCCUACCAGCCUACCAGAGCUACGCCACCACACACCCUGCCAGUUUGCUGAAGCAUGGAGGGCAAACAUCAGGUAAAGCCAGCGGGAAGAAGCUAAAGGUGACCUUUGACAAUCCAGAAUACUGGCAGCACAGCUUGCCUCCCAAAUCAUCUAACCAGGCAGCCUCAGAUGGUGCCCAGGGAGGUUCCACCAACGCCAAGCUCUUCUAUAAGCAGAAUGGACACAUACGGCCGGCAGUAGCUGAAAACCCUGAAUACAUGUCUGAGUUUUCCCUGAAAGCUGGAACCAUCUUGCCACCUCCACCUUACCGGCAGCGAAACACUGUGGUCUAGAUUAUUCCGUUUAACAAACGUUCCCCAAUCUUCCUCUAGCCUCCAACAAGCCCAACAUCCUCUCCAGUUCCACGGUCCUACACAAAGAGAGAGUAGCCCCAACCAAGGCUGCUCUCAGCCCUGCCCAGAUAACAGGCCAUCUGCUGUAGAUUGUAGCAACAUCUGGAGGAGGUGGACCGAACCAAGCAGAAGCAACUCAGACCCCUGAACUGUCACUAUAGACAAUCUCGUCCAUCUCUGUUCUGUAGAUAGAGACUGUGCUCCAUGUCAUUCAGAAUAUCAAGGUUAUGGUAGUUUUCAGUAAAGAACAGAUGCUUAAUUAUCACACAGCAGUGGACGGACUGUAUCUGGGGGUACCUGAACUCACUGCCAGCCACUUGGGUUUCAGAUUUGUGAGAGGAACAAGAAGUUUUACUAAUCUUUUUGCUUUCUAUUAUAACGUUCUGAGGAGAAACAAUAUUCUGCAAAGGGUUUCUGAAAGACACAAUCACAUAGAACAAAUACAGUCUGUUAGAUGUCAAGAUGCCUGGUUUUCUGAAUGACCUUAGAGUGAGGUAGCCAGGCAACAAAAGCAAAAUAUGGAGGAAGAAAAGACAAUAUAGAGUGGGCAACAAAAGAUGGAGCACUCAUCAAUCAUAUUCAGUGAUUUUUGCCUAUAGGAUUAUACCCACCGUGUGUUCUUUUAUAUAAAAUAUGUGAAUUUCAUCUCAUCCUUCUACUGUAACUGUGAUACUGUGAUGGACAAAACUACAGUGAUCUUUUCUUUCACACUUGUAGUUCAACCAUGGACUUUUUAAAUUGCUCGAGAAUCUGCAGGGCAACUGCUGUUCUGUUGGUUUUGCUUGGCUGCUGUCUGUUUGGAGAAGCUGACUAAAACAGCUUUCCCAGGGCAAAUGGUAAAAGGGAAACCACACUGUAAACACUUUUAUAAUCACGGGUUUCAGUGCUGAAAAGAUUUUUAUACACUGGUUUUCCCAUUCAAAUCGUGAAGCUAAUGAGAAAACCUGCUAUGAGCUGUAGAGUACUCAACAGUAAAGCAGCUGAACUCAAAAUGGUGUUCAAAGAGAGAGAAAAAACUACAGAAAGGGGAGGAAAAGUUCAUGAAAGUUUAUACAAACUGACUAAUGAAGACCUCAAGGAAGGAACAAGACAGCACCAGCAGAGCACAGUUAAACAGACUACUUUAUAUGUCUAUCUGUCUUUAUGUCAGUGUGAUUGGGAUUAGUGUGUGCGUGUAUGUUCAUAUUUUAGCAAGCUACAGAUGACCCCACUGGGGGGUAAAAGUCAGUGUUAAUGGAGUCGAAAGCUAAAGAUCUUCAGUACUAACCAACGAUCGACUCUAUCAAGGCUUUUUUUUCCUAUGUCAAGUAUAAAACAAAUCAAGCUCAAAUCAAAAGAUCAUUAAAAGCCCCAAACUGCACCAAAUGGCACCAAAUCUCUGGAAGGGUUUUUAUAGAUUUAGGGUGUCCUUAGCUAACGUUACUUUCUUUGAGUUGAUCAAAAUCAAGAAUGUGAGGAUUUAUCAUUUUAUUAACUGGAACUGGUGCUCGUCCCGGUCAUGGUGUUUGUUAUAUUCUCGAUUGCUUGGUCCGAGAAAAAGUACAACUCUAGACUACUUUUGGCCACAUAACUCUUGAUUAUUUUUGUCCACAUCUGAUCUAGAUGUUUUUUGCUUUUUUUUUACAGAAUCAUGUUUUUUCCAGACCCCACCCAUAUUCUCAUUAGACUGUUAAUUGGUAGCUAAUUUCAUUUUGGCUACUAGAAGUGUCAGUGGUUCCUACCCAAAUUGUUCACAAGGCAGAAGUCGAUAAGCUAACCUUGUCUGCUAGAAAAUGUAUUUUAAAGAGCAAGAAAAAAUGAUGCUUUCAAACAAGUCAGAUGUUUUAAAGCUAAAUUUAUUCUUUAGCAUUAAAGCUAGCUUAAGCCUCACAUGCACCUCCAUAGAAUUGUAACUACACCUUGUGGCAACAUAGAUCUCUGAUCUUGCCAACCAAUAUGUGGCCAUAGAUUGUGGCUAAAUACAGAAAACUUGACAGUAGCUUGAAGUGUAUAUUUUAUUUAUAUUUCAACCAGGACAACUAUAGUCAGAAGACUGUUGUUUUAGUAAUUUCUGUUUGGAGGUAUGGUUCUAUUCUGGGGUAAUGUAGAAAGCACAAAGCAGGGAGACUCCUUUCACGUAAACUAUACUUCUGUAUCAGCUCUACGUCGUAACUUAUACCAUAACCAGACCCCAUUUUAACCCUAUGCCGCAACCUUCUAAGUAACCCGUCGUGCACUUCCCUAGAAAUGUAACUACAUGUCGGGCCAAUGCAUACCACAACGACUUGAUGGUGUGGAAGACCUCAGUGUAGGGACACAAGGAUUUUCCAAUUAAGUAGUUAGUUGGGAUGUUGAGAUUUCCCACAGAAGUCUAAAUGAAGUUUAAGAUUUCACAGAGCAGAAAUAACAACAAAUGUGAAAAGGAAGAGUUAGCUGGAUGUGGGGUUGGCUGCUUCCAAAAAACUGUCAUAAGGAUGUGUAGAAGGGUACUAGCUGAGACAUUAGCUUAUCAUUAGCUGGGACUGUGGUGGAGCUUGACUUUGUCACCUGGCUGAACUUGGGCUUUGCUCCAUGUAUAAGUUGUGGUCAGAAGUUUAUAUCCACUCAUCACAAAUAUCAUGGUCAUUUUGGGCUUCUAAUGAAUUCUUUGAAACUGUCUUUUUUCCACGGUGAAAUGACUGUAUAGUAUACAUAUUUAAUGACUUUAAAAACAAAAAAUUGGGCUUUAAAGUUUUAAAAAGUAUCUGGCAUAAUUCUGGCUGGAUAUUUGGCCACUAUUCUUGGCAUGCAUUGAAAAUGUAAAAAGUAAAAGAAAAAAAUUCUAAGCUGAAAAAUAACACGACAUUCAUGCCCAUGAUGAGUGUAUGUUAACCUACAACCACAACUGGCCAAACCAAGUUCAUAAAGCAAGCUCUGUUUUGAAUACAUGUAAUUUUUUUUAACGCAGCACAGGGUAACUGGUAAAAGAAAUGAGUACUAUACUAUAUGACAUCUUUUCAGUUAAAACUAUAAUGUUAUGUUUUCCAAUAUUAAGUUAGUUUAGUUUUCAUUUGUUUCUUGGUGAAUCACCAGACAGUCAACUACUGUUACCAGUAUUAAUAACUGUGCCAAUUUUUAACAUACCUAAGAAAGUCAUUUCUUGUUUUGUUUGAUGUAAUUUGCACUUUCAGCACCACUGAGUUUUAAAUUAAUUAGUCUAGCCACUGUUUAACGAAGCUUCUAAUCUAUAAAGGCUUCACAUCUGUUCUUAGCCCAGAGUGAUAUCAUCACUCUCAAGAAAUCUCAAGAAAAUAGUUCUAACCCUGACUACUGAUGCCUGUGUAGGCAACUUGCCAGUCAAUGCUGCUGAAAGCACUGUAUUACAGCCGUUACUUCUUCCACCAAGCCAUACACAACACCUGUGGGUAGGGGAAAACACUGCAACGCUUGCCAAACUUAGAAGUUCAAGAUAAAACUUGUGUAAUGUUGGUUUCUCUCAGAGGUCCUUUUGCAAUAUCUCCUUUAUUUAGUUGAAUGAAUAUGAAGAAAAACUUGUAGUUCUUGAACCUUUAACAACAACGGUAUUUUUCAUUAUUUGUGGAGCAUAAAUAUUGCUUUGUCAUAGUUUCAACAACCUUUCAUCAUCCUGCUCUGCCAGAGCCCAGCCCUGCCUAAGCUGUGUUCUUGCGUAGGUUAUUUAUUUUGUGUAUUUAAAAGUGUGUGAAAGUGUGCUUGUCUCAGUCUAUGCACAUGUAACGCUGUAUGUGUUUAUCCUCCCCAUGGAGCACUUUGAUCAAAGUCGCGGGUAUAAAGAAAGGAUUUCCACUCUUCGUUACUGAAAUAUUCAACUUGUUUAUCCAGCCGUUUACCACUUCAGAAAGCAAUAGCUUUAGCAAAAGUACAAGGAAGGAACUGGGGCCAAGAGGUCAUAAGGAAAACACAUUUUACAUGGUACUUGACCAGCUUCAAGAAUGUCCUUGUUUCCAUGUUUUUUCAUUGGCUUCAAACAGUAUUUAUAGUAGUGCUUUGAUGCUGUUAUGAUUAAUUGAUGAAGGAGUAUUUUGUAGUCCUUUUUCGAGCUCUAAUUCAGUGAAAUAGAGACAGCAUUUAAUAUCAAUGUGAAAUAUUUAUGGCGCGUUUGAGCUUGUUUAUACUGAGCGAUGGAAGCGACUGCCAAAUCUGGGUUUCAAGAAAAAGGAACAAAAAUAUGAUGGUGGUCGAAAGAAAAACACACGCCUUGGUUUAUGCCUGUUUUGCCCUAAAUUACACUGCAGACCCAGGCAAAAUGUGUGUUUGAAUCAAGAACAGAUUGAAGGACUGAUGAUACGACUGGUUUCAAAUGUUUUCAAGAGCACUUAAGAGAAUCCGAGGCAUCCCCACUCUCCCAUUUUUGAUCUGAGUCAAAAAUGGGAGAGUGACUUGUUUGUUGACAGAAAGGCAGGAAAAAGCACCUGAAGUUCCCCUUCUGACAAGUCGUGUUUUUUCCCAUCCUAAGGCCUUGGUUAUCCUUUUAGAGUACCAAAAUGUGUUGCGUCUAUGUGGAAGCAUUUUUUUUUCCUCUGAAAACUAAUAUCUUGUGUCUUGUUUCAAACUAGUUUUGCCUUGGUGUUACCUGCUGCUAUUUGUCUCAGUCCUUAACAGGCUUGUGUUCGUGGCAGUUCAAAAGCAUGCCAGGGGGAAACACUGCUGGUUAGGCUGAUCCUUUUUAUAUUAUUUUCUGGGUUUAGUUUUUGUUUUUUUUUUACUGCCUCCUCAAAGCCAAGGUGCAAAGGCAUGUAGCCAUGUCCUGAACCGAAUCCGUCAAUAUUUUAUCCUCAAACACCAUACAGGCUUCAACAAAGUCUAUUGUAUAGUAAAUAUUACAUUGCAUGGUUCCCAAAGUGAGUGUUUUACUGCCCUCCACCUUUGUAUCUCAUUUAUGACAACAUUAUAGUCAAAUUUCUGUCCAGUGUGGGAAAAAUUAACCAGAUAUUUUUUAUCGAGUUUAGUAGCACAAACUGGGAAUCCUUAUUUCUGCGAUGAUUCAUGGGAAUUUUUGUGUGUGAGUGUAGUACACCCCCACCCCCUCCCUACAGUGUCUUUUUAAUAUUGAGUUUUAUCCUUAGUAUCAACGAUGUAACUUCUUUUUCCCACUAUUGUGUUGGCUACUGUACAUUGUUCGACGUGUUUGUUAUUCUAGCCACGUUUUUUGGUUUCUUGACAUUUUAAUUGCACAAAAGAAGAAAAAGCUACUCUUAGCUACUCCCUUAUUCACAAGGGGUUGCCAUAGCGGGUAGCUCCACAUAUUCGGUUUGGUAGAUUUUUACGCCGGAUGCCCUUCCUGAUACAGCCCCGAAGGGAUUUGCGUCUCAAAUCAAACCAGGAAUCUUUCGCUUGUUAGGCGAAUGUAUAAACCACUAUACCAUUGUCCCUCAUAAAAGAAAGUCAUUCAUUUUCUGUAUUCAAAUCAUUGUAUCAGUAUAACUGUACAGAAUCUUUGGGAUUUCCUCCCAGAUUUAUCUAACACACUUCAACAACAAAUGUGAAUAAUAUUUUUAUAAAGCACUGAAAUGGCCGACUUGGUGAAUUUGUAAAUAAGGAGGCGAUGCUUUGAAUUUAUAUUGGUCUUCUCUCCUACUGCUUUUUUCUCCUGCUUAUAUCAACUUGUACAAAAAGAGCCGUACAUAUUUGCUUUAUGUAAGUGUACCCUUUUUACUAAUGGGUAUUUCAUUUUAAAAGUGCUUGUUGUUCCCUUCUCAUGUGAAACUCUGUUCAGUGGCCCUGCUUCAGACCUUUGUGGCUGUUCACGUGUAACGUUUCAGUUUAAGUGAACACUGUUAAACACUACACAAAUAACAAUGGGUGGUGUCUCACUUUGAAUACUUCCAUAAUAGUAGCAUAUUAGCUUGAUAGUGUAGUGUUGUCUGAAAUCAGGCAUGACAAGAGGCUGGACUAUUGGAGCAUUUGACCAUGGCUGUCAUGCUAGCUGGCACAUUUUGUUCAUGUUUACAUUUGUCAAGUUACUUACUAAAUGUAAUACUAAAUUCUUCUGAAGUAAUGUAAACACAGUAACAUCAGUCCCAGAUUGAAAAAUCUUUUGCUUUUAGCUUCCCAGAUAGCAUUAACAAGGAUUGUUGCGCUAGCUGCAACAUUUUAUAAACAUAUGACAAAAUGAGCUUCUUACCAUGUAUAACACUUCUCUGUCAUUGCAGAUGUAAGUUUAACAUGCAUAAAUAUCAGUCGGUGCCAUAAUGCGUGAAAUAUCAAUCCCGGGUUGCUAAACAUCUACUGGCGGUAGCUAGCUAGAUAGCGCAGACUGCAAGUGUCACACUAGAUGGCGCAUUUAGUGAAUUUAUCAAGUUGUUGAGCCUCUGGUCAGAUAUCUUACACUAAAAUCUCUAUGAAGUCACAGAAAACUACCAGACAAUACCACAGUGCAGACAACAUGCCGACAACACAAAAACAACUAGCUAGCUAGUAUUAGCUCAAUAUCUGGCUCUAAUUUGAAGAUCAGCUGUUAAUGCCUUAGUUUCCACUACUUAAGGCCCAAGUCAGACAGGCUGUGCUACGGGUUCACCAUUCUCUUUGCAAUAUCUGAUCACUAAGGAAAGAUGUAUGGUCCCCCACCAGUUAACAAGUGGUUGCUGGAGAUUGCUGUCUGUCACAAAUGGGGUGCUGCAUCAGAUAGCCUCCUUGUGAUUGUUUUGUUUGCUUGCAUAUUGUUGCUUUUGCCUGUAGUUUGCAUGAAAAGCAGCCACUUUUCAGCUAUGCUCUAUGUAACUGGAAACUGAGAACAUUCACCUUAAAAAUAAAAGCAGUGCCUUAUCAUUGGAACUAAGACAUUUCAAAAGGUGCAACUUUUAUAAUUAAGGUGAAUAUUUGCCAAUUGUGCCACACUUUUGUCAGUUUCACAACAGCUUAACGAGUAGUUUGCGAGCAUUUGCAGACACGUUGGAUGCUUCCAUGCAAACUGGAGACUGUGCCAGUCUAACAGUGGCUAAAACAAUCAUAAGUAGAUUUUUGGUACAACUCUGUAUACCUGUUGGUAACCAAUGUCAUACUAGCAACCGCCAGCAACCUCCAGCAGCCAUUUGCAUACUAUUUGUGGAAUAUACACUCUUUUGCCAUGGUGUUCACUAGCUGUUAGGGUAACCCCACUCACUCUAGGCCUAAGUGAGUGAAGGUUUUAGCAAUCAAUUUCACAGUCAUUGCUCGCAACAUCCAGCAACCACUCAUCAACCAGUUGGGCGAUGAACAUUUUUCCCUAGCAAACGGUCAUAAUCAGAUUAUUCCCAGCUGGUCUCUAAGCCUGUGUGAAUAGGUCCUGGGCAAGAUUCGGAAUAGUGCAUGCCAUUCACAAAAUAACUGUAGGAGUGGGAGUACGCAAACUGAGACACAUCUGAUUUACUUUUCCAAUGCCUACCAUGUCAGUCAACCAAGAGAACUCAAUGCCAUCUUUCUAAAUGUCAUAAAACUGAAACCCGUGGUCCCAACUAACCUAUAUAAACUGUGUUUGAGAGUCAGUGUUACCUUCUCUGCUUACUUUCAAUUCAAAAUAUUACUGAGCCAAGUCCACCCUCUUACUCCUCUUUUCUGCACAGCCUUCACAAUAGGCCCUGAUUUCAUUUAAUUUGUUUUGCAUGCUUUCAAAAGGAGACAUAGUGGAGAGAAGGCGUCAUCGCUUGCUCCUCUUUGCGUACUGUUGGUUUUCAAUACUUUCCCCUUGUCCCUUUACCCAACACCGUCAUUGCUGACUUUCUCUUUGAGUACUUUGAAACCAUACCCAAAGCUUUAUAUCAUAGAAAUACCGUUCCUCAUGUUUGUUACAUGAAUCUGUCAAAAGUAUAUUUUUAAUUUAAUAUAAAUAAAGAUUGAUUCGAUAUA